CGCAUAUGUGUGAAACGGAACGCAGCCCUAAUGUAUCAUUUAUACACUGUUUAUUACAUUGCGGUACUAUGUAUUUAUAUAUCUAGUAACUCUAAUAUGUCAAAGUGAGGGGAUCGUUCUCGGGUUUCUCUCUGUUAUAUGGAAACGACAUAAUCGUAAACACGUGGAAACAUAUUUAUGGAACAAUAUAAAUAAUUGUAAUAAUGGAGAAAGAAGAGAUUUGUCGAUACUUUAAUGGAAUUAUUAAAAAUGAAAAGGAUGUAUCUGCUGGCAUGGCUACUAUUCGUACUUUAUUAAAAGUAUUGGAACAUUCAAAAUCAGAAACAGUUCAAGAGCUCCGAAUUUGCUUACAACAUGCAAUUGAUGCUAUGCGUUCUACAGAAACUCCAGUUACUGCAAUUGCAUCAGGAAGCGAAUUGUUCCUACGUUUUAUCACAUUAGCAACAUUAGAUACUCCUUCAUUUGCAGAAUGCAAAAAAAUUAUGUUGGACAGAGGCAAAGUAUUCUAUGAAAAAUUAGUUGCAGCACGAGGAAAAGUAGCUAAAGUAGCUGCACAUUUUAUCACUGAUGGUUCGACAAUACUUACACAUUCAAAAUCAAGAGUAGUACUGCAAGCAAUGAAGGAAGCUGCUGCAAGUAAUAAAAUAUUUGAAGUAUAUGUCACAUCAUCAUCUCCUGAUAAUAAUGGCAGAAAAGAGAUGUGCCAAAGUUUAACAAAAUUAGGAAUAUCAUGUACAGUGAUACUGGAUUCUGCAGUGGGAUAUGUGAUGGAGCAAGUAGACAUGGUAAUGGUUGGAGCAGAGGGUGUUGCAGAAAGUGGUGGCGUAAUUAAUAAGAUAGGUACAUAUACAAUGGCAAUGUGUGCAAAAGAAGUAAAGAAACCAUUUUAUGUACUGACAGAAAGCUUUAAAUUUGCGAGAAUUUAUCCUUUGAACCAAGUAGAUUUACCUGAUGAAUUUAAGUAUACAUCCAGUACUCUCAAUAAUAAUUUGAAGAAGGAACAUCCCUUAGUGGAUUAUACUCCGCCUCACUACAUUAGCUUGUUAUUUACUGACUUGGGAAUUUUAACGCCUUCGGCUGUUAGCGACGAACUUAUUAAAUUAUACUUGUAACUUUAAAAGUUUUUUUAUAGAAAUUGUAAGUUCUAAAUUUUGCAAUUUUUGUGACAUGAAAC